GUGCGUGCGUGCGUGAUCAAUGCAGAGAGGAUAGAGAGUGCAGUUUAGAGAGCAGAAUGCCAAGGAAGACACUCAUAGACAUGUCUCAUGCGUCGUUGUGGGACACAAUUGGACUUUUGUGGACUGGAUUAUAAUUAAUAUUUUUAUUUUUAAUGAUUUCCCGCCAUCUUUCAGGCUGUGAUUAUUCCAGGGAAGGCAGGGGAUGAAGGAAAUGAACAUUUAUUUAACCCAAGGAGGAUUUUAAAGCUUUUUUUUUUUUUUUUUGGUUUCUUUCCUGUCCUGCAAUGUUCGCGUUCUGGAUGGUCUUGUGCGUCAUGGAAGGAGUCAUGGCUCAGAUCCGCUACUCCGUGCCGGAGGAGGCGGACCACGGCACCUUGGUGGGGAACAUCGCCGAGGACCUGGGACUGGACUUGACCAAGCUGGCGUCCCGUCACUUCCAGGUCGUGCCCAGCUCCCGGACGUCGUACUUGGAAGUCAACCUGGAGAACGGAGUCCUGUUCGUGAACGAGAAGAUCGACCGAGAGCAAAUCUGCAAGCAGAGCGCAAGCUGCCAGCUCAACAUGGAAGUGUUCCUGGAGGACCCUCUGGAGCUUUUCCGAGUGGAAAUCGAGGUGGCAGACAUCAACGACAACCCGCCCAGCUUCCCGGAAGCGGACAUCACGGUGGAGAUCUCAGAAAGCGCCACGCCAGGCACGCGCUUCCCGCUGGAGAGCGCCGUGGAUCCCGACGUGGGCUCCAACUCUUUACGCGCGUACGACAUGACCACCAACAACUACUUCCGCCUGGACGUGCACAGCCAAGCGGACGGGACCAAGUUCGCCGAGCUGGUGCUGGAGAAGCCGCUGGACCGGGAGCAACAGGCGGCUCACAGGUACGUGCUGACGGCGGUGGACGGCGGCCAGCCUCCGCGCACCGGAACCGCGCUGCUGGUCGUUAAAGUUUUGGACUCAAACGACAACGUGCCCGUCUUCCAGCAGCCCGUUUACGGCGUGGAGCUAGCGGAAAACGCGCCCGCGGGCACGCUCGUCAUCCAGCUGAACGCCACCGACCUGGACGAGGGGGCGAACGGAGACGUCGUCUACUCCUUCAGCAACCACAUCUCCAACCGCGUCAAGGACCUGUUCAGCAUCGACGCGCGCACGGGCCGCGUGGAAGUGCGCGGUGAGGUGGACUUUGAGGAAAGCGGCAUCUAUCAGAUCUUCGUCCAAGCCAAGGACAUGGGACCCAACGCCGUGCCCGCCCACUGCAAAGUCCUGGUCACCGUUACGGACUUGAACGACAACCCCCCGGAGAUCACCUUCAGCACUGUCACUGAGUCCGUGAGUGAAAAAGCACCGCCCGGUACUGUAAUUGCUUUGCUGAGUGUGACAGACCUGGACGCAGAAGAGAACGGACAGAUCGGCGUGGAGAUCCUAGGCGACGUCCCCUUUAAGUUGAAAUCAUCAUUUAAGAACUAUUUCACCAUCGUGACCGACGGACUGCUGGACAGGGAGCAGGCCGACUCCUAUUCGGUGACAGUGGUCGCCAGGGAUAAAGGGUCACCCUCGCUGACCACAAGCAAGUCCAUCAGAGUCCAAGUGUCAGACGAUAAUGACAACGCGCCCACGUUCUCGCAAAAUGUAUAUGACGUGUACGUUACGGAGAACAAUGUGCCAGGCGCUUACAUUCACGCUGUGACGGCUUUGGACCCGGACGUAGGACAGAAUGCUCUCAUUAGUUAUUCCAUACUAGAGUGUGACAUCCAGGGCAUGUCUGUCAAAACUUAUGUGUCCAUCAACGAGGAGACCGGGUACCUCUACGCGCUCAGGUCCUUUGACUACGAACAACUGAAGGAGUUUUUGUUCAUGGUUCAGGCCCAAGAUGCUGGCAGCCCAGAGCUGUCUACAAACGCCACGGUCAAAGUCAUCAUCGUGGACCAGAACGACAACGCCCCCCUCGUGUUGGCCCCAGUGGGGAAGAACGGCACCGCCGAGGAGCCUUUACCCCGCUCCGCUGAGCCGGGGUACCUGGUGACGCGUGUCGUGGCGAUGGAUGCCGAUGACGGCGAGAACGCUAGACUCUCUUACAGCAUCCGUAGAGGAAACGAGAACGGCAUGUUCAGAAUGGACUGGAGGACUGGGGAACUACGCACAGCGAGGCGGGUGUCAGCUAAGCGAGACCAGCACAGGUUGUACAACCUGCUGGUUGAGGUCAGAGACCACGGUCAGCCUCCCUUGUCCUCCAGCACCGGCAUACUAGUGGUGUUGGUGGACAGCGUGGCGGUGGGGGGAGGUGUCGGUGUCCGAGGAGGUGGCGCCAAGGCCAAAGAAAGCAACCUGGACCUGACCCUCAUCCUCAUCAUCGCCUUGGGCUCGGUCUCCUUCAUCUUCCUGCUGGUCAUGAUCGUGCUGGCCGUGCGCUGUCAGAAGGACAAAAAACUCAACUUCUACACCUGCCUGACUAGUGACUGCUGCUUGGGCUGCCGCUCCUGCUGCUCGCGGCACGGCCGGGCACGCAAGAAGAAGCUUAGCAAAUCUGACAUCAUGCUGGUGCAAAGUGCCGUGAAUGUCAGCGGGGCAGGCACGGUCCAAGUCCCCGUGGAGGAGUCAGGCAGCUUUGGCUCCAGCCAUCUUAACCAGAACUAUUGUUACCAGGUAUGUCUGACUCCUGAGUCCGCCAAAACAGACCUCAUGUUCCUAAAGCCGUGUAGUCCGUCCAGGAGCACGGGCACCGAACACAACCCGUGUGGGGCCUUGGUGACCGGUUACACAGACCAGCAGCCUGACAUUAUAUCCAAUGGCAGCAUAUUAUCAAACGAGACAAAACACCAGCGAGCAGAGCUCAGCUACCUGGUUGACAGACCAAGACGAGUUAACAGCUCGGCGUUCCAGGAGGCAGACCUAGUCAGUUCCAAAGACAGCGGUCAUGGAGACAGCGAGCAGGGUGACAGUGACCACGAUGCCACCAACCGAGGCAUCUCCACUGGCGCUGAUCUGUUCUCCAACUGUACGGAAGAGUGUAAAGCACUUGGUCACUCUGAUCGCUGCUGGAUGCCGAGCUUCAUGCCCACUGAUGGGCGGCAGGGCCCAGACUACCGCAGCAACCUCCAUGUGCCGGGAGACACAACACCAACAUCUUCAUCAUCAUCACCACCAUCAUCAUCUUCACGGCACCAAAGACAAGAAAGACUCGAAAGUCUUUCUGCCUAAAUCGUCAUCUUGUUUACGAGGAAAAGGCUUUGCGAGCUCUUUUCGUGUGGACGUUACGGACACGGCGUGACUUUGCACAAUCGCACCUCCCAACAUUGACGACCGGAAUUGGAUUUGAAGGAAAAAAAAGAACACUUAAAGAACUUCAAUCCGCUGAAAUUCCUGGGAGGAAUGUCUUCAGGGGGGACGCGGUGUCAUGGCGAGGAGAUGUGGAGGAGGGGAAGAAUGCCUUACUUGGAGCUCCUGGGAGGACUAGAGUGUCUCAGCAGGACUGAGCAAGUCCAAACAAACAAUGUGCGGACGUCCAUGCGGCAGACAAACGUGUGUCUGUCACCUCUUUGCAAUGUUUAGUGUGCGUGUUUACACUCUGGUACGUCUUUACGCUUACAAGGACACCACGCAGCCCUUUAGGACUCUGUCCUCACGCCAAACUGUACAGUCCAUUCUUUUCUAGCAUUCCUUUGGUGCUUUUUUUUUUUGUUGCUAUUUUUCAUUCUUUUAUUCAACUCGCAGGAAAACAUUACAGCAGAUUUUUCUUCAUGUAUUUUCGAGCCUAUUAAAAAAGUGUUCAAAGUUAACCCUAAUAGUUGAAAUGAGCUUCAAUGUUAUAAGCUUGUUUACUUGACAUAUGGCCAUAUUGGGAGAGGCACAUGACAGUCACACGACAAGCACUUAAUGUUUUCUUUGUAUGUGACAAAGUUGCGUAGAAAAGAUUGGUGCUUUUAAGUUUUGCUAACUUUGCUUAUCAUGGGUUCAACGUGUUUUUUUCUAUUUCUCGGGUUGGUUUUUGCACCAUCACAUUUGUGGGUUUGAAUAGUUUGUAUCACGCGUAAAAAUAAAAAAAUAAAAAAAGGUGUUUAUUCCAGUACUCUUGAAAAAGAUGAAUAUCAAAGUCUAUAUAUCGAUUAUCUGUAUCUACUUGUGAUGGAACUUUUUUUUUUUUUUUUCUAAAUUUCGAUUGAGAGUUUUGACUGUCUGAUGGGGGCUGGUUGCUGUCGCGACCAAGAGACCAAACAAUGUCAGAAGAUGUAAUAAAAAAAAAAAAGUUUCAUAAUUUUUUUCCACGUUUAGAUAUGAUCAAAAGUGUAUGCAAAGAAUUCAAUUCAUGGUAAUUCUGUGUGAUUGUAAUCAACAACUUCAUCAUUAUUUGAUAAACAAACAGAAUCAAUCAAUACAUUUUCUCACAUCACAACCACAUAAACAACAAAUAUUAAAAACAAUAAAGUGAAAAUGGAUUUAUCUCAAA